AUGCUACUUCAAUAUAAUCUAAGUGAUUUUCAAGAUGCUAAUGAAUUCUUGUCUAAAAUGGCUGUUAAAAUGGGUAGUUUAAGAAAAGGUGGUCUACCAGAUAUUCAUAAAGCUGCACAACGAAUACUUUCUGAUUGGACUAAUGGUAAAUUAACGUAUUUCACUGAACCACCUGAACGAACAAAUGAAAUAAUUAGUACUGAACUUGUUACACAAAUGAAAGAAGCAUUUGAUAUUGAUGCUUUAUUGAAUAGCGAACAUGAACAAUUGAAAGAUUUAGAAAAUAGUUCAUUUACUGAAAUAACUCUUCCAGAAUUAGCUCGAGCACAAACUGAUCUUGAAAUGAAUGAAGAAGAAAAUCUAUCGGAAAAUGAAAAUAGUAUUAUAGAAGCUAUGGAUGAAGAUGAUGAAGAUCAUCAAUCGACAACAAAAACUUUGGAUCAAGCUCAUUUUACAGUUCAAGCUGUGGAUAAAACAAAACGUUUAUUGAAAAAGCAAGCAAUUGAUUCAGCUGAUAAACUACAUGAUGAUGAAAUUCGACGAUCAAUUCAUAGAUCUAAUCUAACUCGACAGCAAGAAUUUAAAAAAAUUAAAAAAAACCAAAGGAAAUUAGAAAAAUCUAUGGAAAGUCUAGGAGAUGCACUCGAUUCUAUUAUUCGACUUACACCAAUAUCGAUUACAAAUGAUUCCGUUGAUGAUUAA